AUGCUGGAAAACUUUCUCGACCAAGAGCUUUCCGAGGCACAUCUCGGCAUCCCGCUCGGACUUCGUGCUCACCUGGAACGUUUCAGGAGCUUCUUGCUUUCUUUCUACAGCACGAGACUGGGCUACUAUCCACCGAGCUCGUUUGAUGCGGCGGCAUACCGUGCCAUGGCCAGGGAUUUCAGAGCUCUGUACCGCCUCUUGGUCGAUGAGGCAUACAGCUCGUCUGAAGCCAUGCCAUCUGUUGCUGUGGGCGGCAUCUGCACCCUGCAGCUCAUUCAAUCCUUCGACACGCAUAGCUGCCUCGAGCCCAUGAAGCACCCGCUCCCCAAGCUCCCGCAACUGGAUCCGCAGCCUCGCCCGAAACGUUUGGCGUGGCUACCACGGGGUCCGAAACGACGCGCGGAUGAGCGGCAACUGGGACAUGCCGCGCUGGUUAACGCGUCGAACUGGAAGCAAGACUCGCUCGAGAACGGCCUCGUUCGGGCAUACAGGAAGUUCGAAGAGGAUUGCGCACUGGCGCGCAAAAGGCUGGAUAAGAAUGAGAGGGUUUCACUGGUCGACGGACGCAAGGUCCGAUGGAUCUUGAUAUAUGCCGUUCACCAGACGCUGCGUUACGCUACACAGAGACCCUAUGGCGUGCAGGAUGACCCCAGCGCUCGAUAUCUGGUCACUAUUGCCAAGGACACCCUACCCCCGUGGCAGGACAAACACACCCAUGGAGGAUUGAUUCGCAGCCAGACUGAGCCGGCACUGAACCGCCUUGGUCGGCUGCAGGACGCGGACCCGGCCACUGCCAUGGAAAGGUUUGAAAUCAAGCCAGACAUUGAUUACUUCGCGUUGACUCACAAGCAAGACGCGACACCUCCGCCAAGGUCGAGGCGAGCGUCUCUCCCGCCUUUAACUACGGAUAAUCCAACCGCCCUGUCGCGAGCGAGCUCGUUCAAGCAGGUAUUGAGUCGCAGCUCCACGAUUCGCAAGUCGGUGCGAAGAUUCACGCAAAGUGCCGCACCCACCUCCUUGCCCCCGGCCGCCGCCACGCCAAGCAAGCCUCUGUAUCACGAAAUCGUGGUCCACGGCUACGGCAAUGGAACAAACGACGUCCGCCUGGGAUCCGGCGCGGGCCCCCCGCUGCCGCCCUCGGAUGUCGGCCGCAGCGCAUCCACGGCGUCGGAAACAGCCUCCAGCAACGCCAGCACCGUGCCCAGCUCGGCGAGCAUGGUUGACACGGCAGAAUCAUCGCUCGGCUCCCCAGUCCCCCCCGACUCACCAAUCGAAAUACCACCCAAAACCCGGCGAUGGAGCACCCAUGACGCCGCCAUCCAUUGCGGCAACAACAGCAGCAGCCCACCAGUGUCAAAAUCCAACUCGCUCAAGCGGCGGCCCAUCAGCUCCGCCUUGGAAGGCUACACCCACGCCGCCAAAGCCUUUGGGCACUUUGUCGACAGCGAACGCCGCAGCAUCUUUGCCAACAGCCGCCAGAGCGGCACCGACCCGAAGCGCAACAGCUCCAUCCCGCAAAGCCGCUCGAUGCCGCUGCCCAUUCGCGAGGACGACGUUGGCGAGGAGUCGUGCGUCUUGCCUAGAGACUCGGGCGAUUGGACGGCCAUGCAGGCGUUUCUGGAUGGCAAGGGAGUAGACGCGGAAGCGGCGCAUGCGUGGGAGCAGUAUGCCGAUUUGGGGGGGCUAACAGAGGUUCGGUGA